UUCGUACUCGAGCGGGUUGGAUGCAUUUUGAUCGAAAUCCGUGCGUCGCGUCCGUGAGUGGUCUUGAGUUUUUUGUGCUGCUUUCAGCGUUUUUUCCCUCUCAUUUUGGAAGCGAGAUUUGUGAGACGGAAUAAGCCGUGAACGUGUACCCCCAAUGGGAUCGUGAUCGUUUGUUUUGUGAUCGUGUUGAUCUCGCACUCGGCACUGAAGAAGUAGAAGGCAAUUAUGGGCACAAAGAAGCAAUGAAAUGAUCUAACUCGUUUGAAGAGUGGAACCUACUUGGAAUAGAAGUGAAACGGUACAGUGAGAUAGCUAUUAAAUGAUUAUCUUGCCCCUCUGUCUGGUUUGAUCGGAUUGGAAAAGUUGAAAGACGCGCUCCGGCAAGAUGAUCAAGUUUCGUUACAAGCGGAAAGAUGCUUCUGCUGCUGCUACUGCUACUACCGGUACCGCGACGCCGACAACGGCAGCAAGUGGUACCAACGUAACAUCCACCAGCAAUGUCGUCUCGUCGACAAGCAGCUCCUCUAUCACACCUCCCCACUAUCUGCAACCUGCUUCGUGUGCAACGUUACCAAAAACUACCACCUCUAGAAAUGCCAUCAAUAGUCAAACUGCCCUGGGCGGUCAGUACCACCCAUAUUGUGAUAUCAACAGCUACAGUCCAAAUAAGCUGAGUGCUUCCACCUACUGCCUUAGCAAUGAGUCCUAUCAUGAAGUCAUAAACCGCAUGAAGACUGAAAGCGUGCACCAGCAGCACUACGAGUACAUGUCCUGCAUCAAUUCGGUUGUUGAACUUUUCUCCCAGCUGCAGACGAGUUCGGAACCGGCUCUCUGUCCGGAACCGUUGCGACGAGCGUUGGCCAGCGGUCCACUGGCCGGACGACGCUUCCCGCUAGGAUGUCUCGGUGACGCAGCCGAAUGUUUCGAGCUGCUGCUGCACCGGGUCCAUCAGCAUCUGUCUGCGAGCGAUGGGGACAGCUGCGAUGCGCCGCAGUGUGUGGCCCAUCAGCGGUUCGCCAUGCGCGUUGUGGAGCAAAGUGUGUGCGAAUGCGGUGCCAACUCGGAGCAGCUUCCGUUUACGCAGAUGGUACAUUACGUGUCCGCUUCGGCACUCACCUCCCAGAGCAGCCUAUCAGCGGCCAACCAACAGCCAAUCACCUUUGGCCAACUGCUGCGCAACGCCGGCAACAUGGGCGACAUUCGGGACUGUCCGAAUGCCUGCGGAGCCAAGAUCGGAAUACGUCGCGCCUUGCUUAAUCGACCGGAUGUCGUAUCGAUCGGCGUGGUUUGGGACUCGGAACGUCCAGCUGCCGAUCAGGUGCACUCGGUGCUGAAAUCCGUCGGAACCUCACUUCGUCUCUGUGACGUCUUCCACCAGGUGUCGGAUCAACGAUGGUCUCAAACCGUAAGCCACGAACUGGUCGGAGUGGUAUCCUACUACGGUAAACACUAUACGACGUUCUUCUUCCACACCAAACUCCGCGUGUGGGUGUACUUUGACGAUGCCAACGUCAAAGAGGUCGGUCCCAACUGGGAAGGUGUGGUGGACAAAUGCUCCCGAGGUCGCUACCAGCCUCUGCUUCUGCUCUACGCACUGCCACAACCUCAGGCACAGCCACAGCAGGUUACUGCACAGGAACUUGCCGCAAUGCAGCAAGCUCAACACCGGAGAGCAGUAACUCCCAGUCCCGAGAAAGCUCCCAUCGGAUCACAGAACCGCAGAGCCAUCACACCUACCCCGAACAGAGCAGUGUCCGUAUGUGACUACCAGAACUUGAGCGUCAUCCAGAGCAAAAUCUUCCCCAACGAAGAGAAGGAAAACUACAUCAGCCGCAAAGCGGUUCAAAAUGUCCUCAACGCUCAGCAGUAUCAAAAUCUCUCGGUAAUUCAGGACAAGAUUUUCCAACAGCAGCAGGAUUCCGAGAAGGAUCAAGUCGGCUACAUUUCCAAGAAUGCUUUGAAUGCUCAAAUGCGUAAGCAGCCCAUGAAUCUCCAUCGAAGCCUAAGCGCCGAAUCCGGUCAGGUAUCUCCUCCUUCAUCUUCCACCUCAUCCCCAGAUGGUCUAUCAAUUCCGGACCAUCUCAACCAACCACGCCGACGAGAUUCAGGCAACUGGAGUGGCGAUCGCAACUCUGCCUCGUCUUCCUCAUCAACAACCCUCGACAACCCCUAUCUCUAUCUGGUCGGCAAACGUAACGGCAGCGUGCCAGCAAGUCCAACACGCCAGGGUCAGUUCUACGAUGCCGGAUACGACUCCUACUCUCUAUCCUCGACCGAUUCCUUCCCUCCAAAGCACCCCAUUAACGGAAACAACAUGCAUCUCGCAAAGAUUCCCGAGUCCGUUGUUCUCAGCGGUGAUUGCGAGAAGCUGUGCAUGGAAGCGGAUCAACUGUUGGAAAAGUCUCGCAUUCUAGAGGACGCACAUGACUUGGAAACGGCUUUGGUAUUAUGUAAUGCCGCUGCCAGCAAGGCUCGUGCCGCCAUGGACGCACCCUACAGUAAUCCACACACAAUGACAUUCGCACGAAUGAAGCACAACACGUGCGUCAUGCGAGCCCGAUCGCUACAUCGGAGGAUUCUCAUCGAAAAGGGUGGCGAGAUCAUCAAGGAACAACAUCAGCAACAACAACAGUUGGCUUACAACCUGGCUGGAAUCGGCACCGGUGGAAUCGCUCACCGAAGGCAGAACAGCAAGGAGAAGCUGCUUAGUAACGGACGACAGAACAGCAAAGAGAUGCUGCAGGAAACAAAUGGAUCCACGUUGACGCGAAGCUCACCGUCGAAGAGUAUCGAGAUCUAUGCGACGCUUCCGAAGAAGAAGGUGACUCUUAAGCUGAUUGAAGCGGAGAACAUUGAAGACGUCGUGCAAGGAACGGUGGACGUCAAACCAGAACGGGAGAGCCGCUCGUUGUUCGGGCGAAGUAAGGAUUCCAAGGAGAAGCGGAGUCGAAGUGAAGAUCGCAACAAAAUUAACAGGGACUUUCAAUUGGCCGACGCGUCGUUGGUCAACGCAAAAGAUACUCUCAAGAAGCACAAGGAAGAGAAAGAGACCGAUAAGAAGGAUAAAGAUGCCAAGGCUGGCAAGAAACAACACAAGAUUCGACGAAAGUUGCUGAUGGGUGGAUUGAUCAGGAGGAAGAACCGUUCGAUGCCUGAUUUGACGGAAGGAGCUGGAGCGACUAAUGAUCCGACUAACGGUGUUAUUCCACCGAUCAAGCAAAUGGUGUCGAUCGACGACAGCACUGUUGGAUUGAGUCUGGCGAAGGAUUCGGCCAACAGCGGGUAUCUGUCGGAAGGACACUUCGACUAUCAGGUAUCCAACACCAACCCGAACUUGGAGCGCAGUAAAUUGAUGCGCAAGAGUUUCCACGGCAGUGGAAAAACGCUUACAAUCCCGAAAGUGCCACCACCGCCACCCGUACGGGUGGGUUCCUCAUUAACCGCUCAACAACUUCAGCAGCAACAGUGUCAAACGCAGCAAAUGUUGCAAGUACAAAAGCUUCCGCUUAACGGUGCCAAUCUUCGCCACCUGGAGUUCCAGGAAAGUCAUCCACCGGCAUCACCGCUGGAGCCCUACCACAAGGCGAACGUCUCCAACCUAUCUAACAUGAGCUCAAACACCAGCAUGAGCGAAGAUUCCUGCCAAACGAUCAUUACAACCUGUGCCGUGGUUCAUCAAGAACAGUCCCCCAUGAAGCCGCAAGAUCAGCAGCCCUAUUCAUCAUCAGCUUCAGUCGAUGAAGUUGACUCGAUUGUCAAAUACAAUAGCACAAGUAACAAUAGCAAUAGCAAUAGUCACAAUGCACCAACAGCGGGCACCGGUAGCAUGGAGUUGCCUCCCUAUCCAAGUCCACCUUCAACCACGUGCCAUUCGCGUCAGGCUAGCGAAGAUUUCCCUCCGCCACCACCGGCGAUCGACUUUGAACCACUUAACGAGCAGCUAAGUGAAAUUCAAAGCCUCCAGCAGCAGCAACAUCAGGGAAAGAGUACGCAGCCAAUUCACCAACAGCACUUCCAUGUUCAGAACACAACCAGCAUACUAGCACAGCUGCAAGCCAAGCAGCACCAGUUGAUGAUGAUGAAUAAGCUGCGAGAACAGCAGCAACAACAACAACAACAACAACAACAGAACAACAUCGCCAACAAUCCUAUCAGCGCUAGUGAGAUCCUGAACGAGACUACCCGAUCGGAGAUCUGGCUCAAGGAACUUCAAGCUAAGCAGAUUGCACUCAAGCAACAGCAACAGCAGCAAAAUCAGCCACAAUCACAUCAGCAGCAACAACAGCAACAUAUUAUGCAACCCAAUAAUGAUCAGCGAAGUGUACGAGACCUGGCGUCCCGAUUUGAGCAGAUCAAGCUGGCACCCAUGCAGCAACAACCACAGCCCCAACCGAGCACAGCUCCGUCGACCAUUCGUCCGUAUCCGAGCCAAGAGCUGCUGAACGGAGCAGUGAAACAGACACUGCCGCAGCCAGGACCGCAACUACCGAACGUUCGGACCGGAAUGAGCGGUCUUCUGACGGAUCAGAAGCAGAAGCAAUCCCUUAUGGCCAUGCUGUCGGAUGCUAGUUCUAGUGCCGCUGGUGUGGACGAGGUAGACUGCAUAGCAGCUUACAAGAUGCUUCCCAAGCCACGGUAUGACAUUGCCCAAGCGCAAAUUCAGGAAGAGAUUCGCGAGGUUGAAAUGUUGAACCAGGUGGUGCAACAAACGUUGAAUAACUCUACUGGUGGCAAUACGAACACAACCAGCAAGAGAACUAAGAAGAAGAGCGUUUCGUUCUGCGAUCAGGUUAUCCUGGUUGCAACUGCUGAUGACGGCGAAGAGGAUGACUUCAUCCCGAAUCCGAUACUGGAAAGGGUGCUGAGGACGGCUGGUACCGGUAGUAGCGAUUCCGAGGAGAGGCAAGGACAAAACUCUCCACAACCUGUACUCUCAACUAGUAUUACAUAUCACCCGAUCAAAACACCGGCAGGCGGCCAGUACUCGCUGGCAGCGGACAUGCACAAACAAAACAUGGAGAUUCAGCGGCAACUGCAACAACAACAGCAGCAGUACUACCAACCACAAACGCAGCCACAGACAAAUGAAAGCUAUCAGCAGUACUCAGCCAUCCCUAGCAAUGCGGCUGGCUUUAAAAAUCAACAGUUCCAGCCGCAACCUCAAACUAUGUACAACGAGGGCUCAAUUCAGAAGUCGGCAAUCUACCAACCUCCUCCGAUGCCUCAGCAGCAAUACCUGCAACAACAACAACAACAACAGGCGCAGCAGCAACUUCAGCAAAAGCCACGAGUGUUUGACGACAGUGGAAGUGAACAUAGCUACGACAUGCGAAUGGCUCCACCCUCUGCCACUCCUAGCAGUUAUGGAAACGUGCAGUCUCCGUACAUGACCGUUCCAUGUCCAAUGGAUCAAGGCUUCCAAACGGUAUCAGCUUCACCCACCAUAACCACCACCUCAACAGUUAUGAACGGUGCACCGAACCCUGCGCUUCCGCUUGGCAUCCGACAGAUAAUGCAUCAACAGCUCGGCCAGCAAAAUGGAUCCGUUUUGAGACAGCAGCAGCAAUCUCCUCUCAUGAUGUCCCAGCAGCAGCAACAACAACAACAACAACAGCUGCAAUCACAGCCGUCCAACGUUUACCAGAAGCCGCCCAUGCCGGUUAACUACCAACAACAACAACAACAACAACAGCAGCAGCAAAGCAUGAUGCCUUAUAGCACUAACUCUAAUCCUUAUACCGCUUACAGUACGCAGUCACAACUUCAGCAACCAUCCCAACAGCUUCCGUCCCCUUACCAAAGGGUACCUCUACCCCACUAUCAAGACUCCCCGUACCAUGAUCUCCCUCUUCCUCAACAGCAGCAGCAGCAGCAGCAGCAGCAACAACAACAACCACAAUCUCCCUCUCAACAACAGCUUUACCUCCAGUCCCAACAGCAAAAACCCUCCCAAAAGAAGGUGAGCUUCGAACCGGGCACCAAAGGUGGUUCCGAUUGUCCACCCUCCCCUCAGCCAAACCAACCCACUCAACCUACUCCCUCUGACUCCCAACAGCAACAACAGCAACAACAACAACAACAACAGCAACAGCAGCAGCAGCAGCAAGUCGGACUUCCCGUGACCCGGGUAGCCAUUGCCACCUACAACAGCAACGCAAUCGUAAAAGCCUCCUCCAAGGCGGUCCAAUGCAAUCUCUGCCGGAAGAAGCACUGCAUACUCCCGGCAAUGUAUUGCACCGAUUGCGAGUUCUACAUGAGUCGCUUCCAGGUCCCGGUGCGGAGGUGAUCCGACCUCCCGCACCGAACCGAUCUUCUUGAUAGGCAAUUUGAGUGCUGAUCGGGAAGUCAUGAUCGCUUGAUGAAGCCCCAGCAGCACUCAAAUUACCCAGCAAGCUUAUGUUGCACAUAGUAGUGUGGUAGUGUGGUUUUAGGAAAAAAGUGCAAAUUAGAUUGUUAGUCUGAAACAAAAAGUGCCUUUCAGCGGGGUUCCUCUCCGUGUAUGUUCCGACUGCUGUGAAUCCAACCUUAGGUUUUUUUUUGGAUAACUUUAGUAGUUUGUUUUUACAAUAUUUCGUUCGUGCCCGGUUUGAAACUGGUUGGCACCGGUAGAGAUAGUAAUAAUAAUAACUGCGCGGAUACAAGUGGCUUCUUUUGAAAAGAAGCCGACCGCAUUAGGAGUUCUGAAUUAAUAGGAAAACAAUUUAAGGGUUGCUGUUUUUUUGGGAGAGAUUUUCCGCUCCUGUUGAAUGUGAUAUUUUCUUUGCUCGAGUUUAUAUCUAAAUAUUUAAUACUGUUUUCUCUGUCGCUCAGAGUUUGAUUUUAAUCGUAUGCUAGGAUCUUAAAUUCGUCCACUAGUGAAGUAAGGUUUACGACAUAAGUGACUAACGAACAACCAUUCCCGAUACUGCCCAAUAAUGCAUUUUAUUCGUAGGAAGACAAUUUAAGUUUUAGACCUGUAAAGUGAAAUGACCUAAACUCCAACUUCGUCGACAUUCCAUUUUUACAUAUUUUACAGCUUAAGUUUUAAGACCUUUACAAUAAA